AGUGCGACCGCGAACGUAGGACGGAUUGUUCAUACACGUUUAUCGAACACGCUUUCUCCACACGACAGCGUGCUCAAGGCAGAGCUGUUUCGACACGCCACUCGAUUGCGAAAGUCUGCGCGAUGAUAUACAAGUGAGAGCCGCCUCGAACGCCAGGGUAACGCUCAUCGCACACGGUGAGCCAAUUUAUUGGACUAAAGACAUUCGAAACUCGCCAACUGUGAGGGACGGGGGGCGCGCGACGCCGUCGGGUCGCACACGCGGGAGCAACGUAUCCACAUACUUAACUGUGAGAGCAGCGGAAACCAAUUUUUAAUGUGUCAAGUCAGUAUAGCUUAUUGCUGCUACGUCAGAUCGCAGAACGCCUCGAGCAGGAACUACAAGGUUAUGCAAAUGAGUUCUGAACGCUUCUAUACCAGGAAUAAUCAAAAGACCAUUCACAACUUUAAUAAACUUUAACGUUUAGGUUUUGUCGUACAGUGUUUUUUUCAUAGUGCUUAUCUGUCAAUUUCCCUAUCCUCCAUUAUCUUUCGGUCUCGCGAUCGCUAAUUGCUAAUUACUUAUUGUGAGAGUCGAGUGAUAACGAGUCUGUGAGUCGGUCGUGUGGGUGUCUGACGUCCGGACUACGAGGCGACGGACCAGCUGACGACGAUGUCUGCCCAGGAGGAGACCCUCCUCGCGCGAUGCGAGAUUCCCAUCAUCGAUCUUGCCCACAUAGGCACAGAUGUGUGUCCUAUGAAAUCAGUGGUGCGGCGUAUCGGACAGCAACUGUUUGCAGCACUUAGCGGUAAAGGACUGGCUGUACUAGUGAACCAUGGGAUCGCCGAGGAAAAGUUGAAAGCUGUAUACAUCGACUUGGACAAUUUCUGCGCGCUGCCCGAAGGCUGCCAGGCCCAGUACUUAAGGAACCCAGUCAGCAACCAUGGGUACCUCCGCCCUGGAAUGGAGCAAUUUGACUCUACUAAAAAGGAAUUACGUCACACAUUCAACAUCACUACGCUGACGGCGGCCGCUAUGCCCGCUGAAGAGGAAGUACCACAAUUCAUCAAUCACGCUGUGCCCCUGGCCAGAGAUCUUACCAACCUAUCCCGGGUGCUGCUUCAAGCACUCGCCUAUGCCCUUGAUUUGCCUCCAGCCAUCCUGCUAGAAUGUCACUCUGGCAUGCUUCAAGGCGACGGCAGAAACCCCUCCUGUAUGCGCAUUUCGUACUACCCACCAGUACCCCCAGAGGACGAAGGCCCUAGAUGUCAAAGUGACACAGUGUCCUACACACGUUGCGGCGCCCAUUCAGAUCGUGGCACGUUCACGUUAAUUGCUCAAGAUUCCGAAGGCGGACUUGAGGUCAAGUUACACGACAGUGAAAAAUGGGAAACCGUGGGUCACUUACCAGGAGCAAUCCUAGUGCAGACUGGAGAACUUCUCGCAGCAUGGACAACAAACCUUCUUCCUGCCUUGAUGCAUCGUGUCGUGGUACCGCCCGGCACAUACGCGCGCGCUCGCGGUCGUCACUGCGUUGCGUUCAUAUGCCACCCCGACAACGACGCCAAGUUGCCGACGGUACCGCCGCGUGCCGCCCCCGCCCCCGCGCCCCCCACUUUCACCCCGCACGCCCACCUCACGCUCCACCACCGUCUGCUGAACGCGGCUCACCACUUGCAGAAAAGGUUCAGAGAGACAUACGCGUGACUAGCGCGCGGCGGCGACGGUAAACUAUCGCCGCAGAAGACCCCACUGGCGCGACGGCACACAGCGCCGUGAUCGCGGCACAAUAGUUGAACUACUAGUCGAUCGAGUUAACAUGACACCUAGCUAGAUAGAAGUUUCUGCAAAGUACUGCGUGCAAAAAAGUUGCUAGCAAUAGCGUGCUUGUGCGGGUGUCUGUUGCGUUUUAAGCGCGUCUAUUAAUUAAUAUGAUUAGGGAAUUGUGACAAUUAAUGUUUAGAAAAUAAUUUAAAUAGUUCUAUUUAGACGGAAAGAAAGCGAAAUUAAAUAAUCAUGAGUUAAUUUUUACGCUCAAUCGUUACUUUCAUUUUUCCUCUAUUUCAGAUAUAUGACUUUCAUUGUCAUCUUUACUUUAUAAAAAUAUAAUAACAAUAGCAACAAAAGAAUUUUCAUUAAUUAAUAUUGUCACUAUAUAAUUCUGUCGAAAGUUUAAUAGCGCAGACGCGUACAAAACGCUAACUGUUAUACUGUCGCUACUGAAAGGCGACGGCGAAGUGACACGCUGGGAAACGCGGGGGUUUAGAGGUCCGAGCCAGGUGUCAUGUUAACUAGACCGAGUAGUAUGCGCAGUGGUACAUUUUCGGGCCUUAAUCGUGAAAUCGUGAUGCAGGGGUGAUACGCGCGAACCAUGGAAAGCCGCCAUUUUCGUUCUGUUUAAGACGAUAUUAGACGUUUCGCCGAAAAUCAUACACUGCCUAUGAAUGACGUAUAGUGAACGACUUUUUUUAUGCGAUGAAAGAUGAUACUUCGUAUUUAUACACUUUAUUUCCAAGGCUUCGUUGAUAAAAUAAGGAAAAUGAAACGUCUAAUUUCGGCUUUACGUGCCGUGCAUUAUACGUGUUUGUAGUGUCCGACCGAAUUCCGGCUUCGGCUUCCUUCGUCUAAAAACACCACAUCCAAUCAAAACAAAUCCGGCGGAAGGUUUCUUUGGCGAAUAUCAAAAUUGAAAGAACUGCCACAAAGUACGAAAGUAAAUAAAUACCUAAUAUCAAACAUCGCUGCAAUUUAUGACACGUUUUGUCACGUUACAGGGUUAUUUUUAUUAUCUCGUUAACUAUCUACAUAACCAAAAAUAUAUAUUGUUAUGUACUGAAUUUAUAUAAAGAUCGCUCUCAGUGUCAGCCAUAAAUCAACCUUCGGUCGGAUACUACAUUUAUGUUGAUGUCAUCUCUGAUAACAAUUUGGGGACUAAAGUUUCGUUAUUUUAUAUACCACCUAAUUACAUAAAUAUCGUUUUCAAUCUGGCCAGUUCUUAAAAAUGACUAGUAAAGCAGUUCCAAUAUUUUGAACAAUAGAAUAAUUCAGUGUAAGCGUGGGAAUGCCCAAUUACGUCGUUUUUUAUGAUUUGACAUUCAUACAACACCUGUAGCGUUGGAUGGUAAUUGAAAAAGUUAAAUAAAAACUUUUUGUUGAAAAAAUAUUCUAUCUCUUUGUAAAUCAAUCAGGAAAUAACAAGCACAUACUAUUUGUAAUCAUCUUCACGAAAUUUAAGAAAUAGAAAUAAAAUGCAUUAUUUUUUUGUUGUCAAUAUCACUACAUAUUCACUUAGAAGAAACGACUAGAAAUUCAACGACGAUGUUUUUUGCUCCUUGUUUUUUUUUUAUACAGGGUCAUCGAACUAAAAUAUGACUUCCAAUACAGUAUGUUAUUAGUUAAAGUUAGGAUAAAAGAUGCGCAUAAACAAUUUUUAUAUAAAAUUCUAUUAGGUAAUUAUAAUUAUCCUUUAGUGACCUAUGACUUAACUGUGUCAUAGUCUUUGCUGUAUACAGGGAGCAAUAAUAUGACUUAAAGGAAAUAAACAUUUAAGUAGUCCAGAGCUGGCCGAUCUCUCCAAAUAGCACUUAUUCUCGAGCGUAACGAAUGAACCAACCAAAUAAAUAAAUACAUUAUUUUAAAAAUCUGUUUGUUUACGAAAAUAGUAAAAUGAAUUCCUAACGCCACACAAUUAAGCUGUUUGACAAUUAUUGGUCAUUUAUAAGACUCGUUAUAAUUAAAUUACCAUUCCUAGAUAUUGUGUUUUGUUUUAACUUUUUAUUAAAAAAAUAAUUAGGAUAAUUAAAAUACACAUUAUCUAUAUAGCGCUUUUAUGAUAUAUUCGCGUAUUGCCUUUAUAUAAAUUAAUAAAUGCAUAUAUAUAAAAAAUAACAAUGAUUUAAAACAAGACUGUUUUAAUGUGGAUAUUGAUUGUAAUACGAGAUGACAGACCUUGUAGUACUUAGUUAAAAUUUUAUUGUGUAAGAUAGCAAUUAGCGGCGUGAAAACAAAUAUUUAUAUUCCUUGUAGCUUACUUUUUCUCUGUAUUGUAUACCUCGUGUUCUUGCUUUUGCAUUUUAUAUAGACGCUGAUUACUAGAAUGUAUCGUCACAUAACUGAAUUAAGAACAACCUUUUAAGUAUUACUUCAAUAAUUAAGAUAUACUGGUUCUUGGGCACACGAAAAACUAUCAAUUUUGUAUGUUAACGUUUUGUUGUACCGAAAAAAAGUAAAUGUAGAAACGAUACAGAGCUCUAUGGAAUCGUUUCCUUUAAAUGCUCACAUAGUAAUUUGUCCGUUUUUACAACUACUCC